AUCCCUAAUCAUUAUGUAUAAAUUACUAAAAAUUUUCGAAAAAUUAGCCAAUCAAUUUGGGAGAAAUACUGAUCAAUUAUUUUUAAAUUUCAUGUUUACUAUUAGAAUAAACAUAAACAUAAUGAAUCUAUGUAAAAUAUAUAUUCUCUUGACACUUCUUUACCUUCAUACCUUUCAGCAAAAAAAAAUAAACUAUUAUCUAACAAAAAAGAAAUAACGUAUUGACAAAUUUUAUAUACUGUAUAAAAUCUUAUCGUAUGGAGCCAUGGAGGGCCAGAUGUUCUAUGAAUGUGGGAGUUACGAUCGUCAUUAUAAAUAAAAAUAAAAAAAGCAGGAGUUACGUCAGGUGCAUACUAAUUUCAUAUGCAGAAUAAGAGAAUUUUACUUUAUAAAAUUAUGUAAAUAUAAAAUGGAAAAUUUUGAAAAUGAUUUGGUCAAUCAGUCUUACAAUAAAGAGGGAAAAGUAGUCAAGCAGAUUUUCACGACGGAAUCCGAUUCAGCAGAGCCUUCUUCACCUGUUCCAGAACGGGUUGAAAGUACUGCCAAUAAUAAUGACAUUCCAAAUCGACGUGCUUCUAUCGCGGUAUCAAAUUUUAGUAAUAUGAUAGACCCUAACAUCCCUAAUACGAUAAGCUCGUGGAUAACUCAGGCGACAAAAGCUAAGAGACGCGCUACUAUGAUAGAUCAUAGUAGUGUAGAAAGUGGUUUUAUAUCAUUACGUUCCCCUAAUGGUGUAGAUCUUACAAAGUAUAGUGAAAUUAGCGAUCAAGAUUUACCUCAAGAAUUUGAAAAUUUUUUAGAUGAAAUGAACAUACAGGGUUCCGUACGAGAGAACAUGAUACGGCUUUCUAUCGAUCAAAAACGAACGAUUAUACUUACACACAUACAGUCUCAAGAAUUAGGACAGCGAUCUCAGUCACAACCGCUGCAACAUUCUUUAAAACAUUCUCAACAAAAGAGUUAUUUAAAUAUUGCACAGGAUUAUGAUGCAAUGUCUGAUACGUCAGGAAAGAUACAAAUACGCGAUUCUGAUGUAACGUCUGUUACAAGCGCUGCUAGUGAUAGCGAUAAUAUAGAACAGAAGUCAAAUAAUAGACUUUCUUUGGCCUAUUGGUUUUAUGGCACAGAACAAUCUCGUUCUUCUUCUCCACCAUUGACAAAUGUGCCCGAACAGACAAAACCGGGAGUUCAAGCGAUAUCGCAAAAUAAUUCAAUUGGAUUAUUUAGUUCGUUGUUAGGUUUAUACCCGGCAGCUGGAAAUUCGGCAAAGUUAGAAGACACACCUGAAUUUUAUAUCGAAAAAUUAACACAAAAGAAUGCUACUCCCAAGUCUUUGGCAGAUACUUUGUUAUCCUUACGAAUAGCUCUGUCUUCAGCAAAAUUAUCUUGGUUAAGAGAAUUUAUAGAUAAUAGAGGAUUAUUUGUUUUAGAGUCUAUUCUUGAGAAGCAUACUGUUCGAGAUAAGAAAAGCACAAGAAAUUCUGAUCAAGACGAUCGAAUACAGUCCCAAUGCAUUCGAUGUUUAAGAGCUUUAAUGAAUACUGAGACCGGUUUUCGACAAGUUUUGAAAUCUUCUUCUCUGGUUGCUAGCAUUGUUUUUUGUCUUCACACGAUCAAUAAUAAAUUACGUUCUCAAGUUGCCGAUGUAUUGGCGGCGUUGUGUGUGCUCUCUUUGGAUGGACACAAAUUAGUUGUUGGAGCUUUCAUUGAAUUUCGUAUAAUUCACGAGGAAAAGUUUCGGUUUCAAUAUUUGGUCGAUAGUUUGAGGGGAAUUGGAGAGGAAGAUAGUACUUCUAUUGAAUAUAAAGCUGCCGGGUUAAGUUUGAUUAAUGCAAUUGUGAAUUCGCCUGACAUUAUUGAAGAACGUAUUCUUUUAAGAGAUGAAUUUGAAAGGAGAGGAAUUGAUAAUGUGUUUAAGGCCAUCAAAGCUUCCGAUCCCCCGGAAUCUGUGUUAAAACAAAUUGAGGUCUACCAGGAGGAACGUCAAGAAGAUUUAGAUGAACUUUAUGAGAAAGCUCAUGAAAUUGUAAGAGAUGCAAAUGACCCACUCUCAAUAGUUGCUGGACUACUUCAACAAGUAGAAAGUGACAAAGAUUUACACCGUCGUGUUAUUGAGACUCUUAAAAAUUUGUUAAGAGUUUCAUGCAAAAAUAUCGAAGAGAGGUGUCAGAACGAAAUAUGGACUUUGAUCGAACAAUUUAUAGAGCAAAUAAUUUCUUUGAAUAAUUUAGGGCAGGAAUGGCAAAAAUUCAUGAAAGAAUAUCACUCUUCCAUACAGCAUAUUGUUGGAAAGUACUCUUUAGUUAGUGGUGAUGUGACUGAUAAUGAAAUUGAUUAUUUAAGAGCUCGCUUGGAAGAAUUAAUGAAGAUUUUAAUCAAGGUCGAAAAAACAAUAACUACCGAAGAAAAAAUUACUGUGCCCUUGAAUUUUAGAGUACAAAUUCCAAACCAGAAUUUAUCAUCAGAAACAACUCCAUUAUUCAUAUCAGACAAGCAACAAUCUACCCAAUAUGUUCCCCCAGCUUCACCAUCAUACUUCCCCAAAAUUAUAAAUAUGUUUAGGCAGUCAUCUGUUCCAACUCCAGCAUUAUAUCAACAACAGCCUACAUCAAAUAAUAACAUAUCUCAGCAACAUAAAGUUAUCCGUAAACCUCCACUUCCUCCUUCAAAGGCCGCUUCAUCACAAUCCAAUAAUGCAUCACGCCUUCGACCACCGCCUCCUCCACCACCUAUAAAACGAAUUUCAUUAUCAGUUACAUCAACUUCACCACCGAAAACUUCACAAUUAAUAAAGUCUAAAGUUAAAAAACCUCCACCCCCACCUCCGUCCAUAAAAAAAAAUGAACGGUCAAAUUUUAUAACAGAAUCUUUGCCUGUACUACAGUCUCCACCUAGUAAUAAUACUAAUUUGUCUCCCUUAAAUAAUGAAAUAGAACUUCCGCAACCUCCGUUAAGCUUAUCUCCAGCUAAAAAUGAUGAUAUAACAACUAUUCCUUCGAUCUCUAAGCAACUUCUAAUCUCUUCUAUAGGAAAUUUUGAUAUACCAUCUAUACCUUCAUCGCCGCCAUCACCGUUACAACCACAAUCUGGAGAAAUAGAAAUGGGAGGUACCACACCUUCCCCGUCUCUCCCUGAGGUUGGAGCUCCUCCACCUCCUCCACCUCCCCCUGAGACAGCCCCUGGGGUUGGGGCUCCCCCACCACCUCCUCCACCCCCUCCACCUCCCCCUGGGGUUGGGGCUCCCCCACCACCUCCUCCACCCCCUCCACCUCCCCCUGGGGUUGGGGCUCCCCCACCUUCAAGUUCGGUAAAUCAUUCUUCAACUUAUGAUAAUAAUAUAUCUGCUCCAGUUACCUUUACUGUUAAUAACCCGAAGGGACCUUUAAAGCAAUUAUUUUGGAGCAAGAUCUCAAAACAUGAAGCUAAUAAUACUGUUUGGAAAGAUAUUCAAGAAGAUGAUAUUCCAUUAAAUAUUUACGAAUUAGAUGAAUUGUUUGGUAAAACGGUGGCAGUUACAUCCGAAAAUGAUACAAAAAUAUCAAUCAAAUCCACAGUUACAACUUUGAUAGAUUUUAAUCGUGCUAAUAACAUUGCUAUUAUGUUGGCUCGAAUUAAAAUGCCAUACUCAGAAAUUAAAGAUUCUAUAUUAGAAUUAAAUGAUGAAAAACUAUCAAUAGAGAAUCUUAGAUCAAUUAAACAAUAUAUACCUACUAGUGAAGAGAUUGAAUUAGUAAAGGAAUAUGAUGGUGAUUUAUUAACCUUGGGUAAUGCAGAAAAUUAUUUCAGGGAAAUAAUGGUUAUUCCACGCAUGUUAGAAAGACUGAGUUGUAUGAUUUUCCGACGAAGAUUUGAAGUUGAAGCACAAGAACUGUUACCUGAAAUCAAUAUAUUACACAAGGCACAUGAAGAUCUCAAGAAUUCAUCGAAAUUUAGGCGGUUGUUAAAGACUGUAUUGGCCAUUGGUAACUACUUAAAUACCAAUUCAUUUAGGGGAAAUGCAUCUGGUUUUCAAUUAGAUGCACUACUCAAGAUGAGAGAUACAAAGGCUAUAGAAAAUAAUUCAAAGGGAACAGCUACACUUCUGCAUUAUUUAGCAUUUACAAUUGAAACAAACCAAAAAGAACUUAUCACGUUUAUGGAUGAAUUGCCACAUUUGGAAGCAGCAGCAAGAGUAUCUGUUACGAGUGUAAUGUCGUCAGUAACUUCUUUGGUUACUGGUAUCUCACAGAUCAAAGAAGAAACGCGUGUUCUUAAACGAGCAAGACCUGCUCAAGAAAACGAUAGAUUUUUGGAAGUGAUGCAUGAUUUUGUUAAACAAGUGGAACCCACAAUUGAAAGUAUUCGAGAAAUAGCUAGGAAUUUAGAUAAUGAAUUACAACAAAUGUUAAUAUAUUAUGGAGAAGAUCCAAAAUCGACGAAGCCCGAGGAUUUUUUUGGAUUAAUUGUCUCAUUCUCGUCGUCGUUAAUGAAAGCACGUAAAGAAAAUGAGGAAAUUCGAAAGAAAACUGAGAAAGAAAAGGAUAAUGCGCUAAAACAAGCAAAUAAAAAACCUUCCGAUGCAAUUAGUAUUGCCUCAUCAAAUGAUGCGCAAGGUGAUUUUGAUGAUGCAAUUCGUGAACUUCGAUCAGGUCUUAAACGUAAUCGUGGCAGGCCUGUAUCAAAAGUAUUUUUAGAGAUUGCAGAAGAUCAAAUAUGAUUAAAAUUUACUAAAUUCCAAAGAAUAAUUGAUUAUAUCAUCAUUUAAUACAUGUACAUUUUUUUAAUACUAUUUUAUUUAGGAGAAAAUCUAAUUUAUUCUAUUAUUAAUAUUGUUGCUAAUUCCAGAUAUAUAUGUUUUUUAUACACUUUGAAUUAUAGAUAAUGUUGCCUUGUUUUAGUAUAUAGGAAAUUCUUGAUCAACCUCUAAAGACCAUUUAUAUAAUCCUCCAAUUAUAUCUUUAACUUCACCUUUCAAAUAAUUUUUCAAUAUAUUCACUGCAUGUUGUGAGUCAUUUCCUAACCGACAAAUCACGUAUACUAAUUGAAUAAAGUAUAAAAGUUAAAAAAUUUAAGAAUUUAG